UGAUUCAAACAAGUCAACAGUCGUUCAGUAGCUCACUAGACGUUACUAUCGACGACUUUAAGUCACACAAGCGCAGUCCAAACGUCGCUAUGAAUUAGUAUUAUGACGGUGAACAGUUCUUCCGCGUCCCAGGGGUCGUCGGCGCUCCCCCGACCAACCCCCAUUAAACGGCGCAAAACAGCCCCCAAAAGAACCGCCUUUUCCAUUCUUCUAAGUUGCUGUAUUUUUUUGUUUAUACUUUGCGCGUGCCUUGUAGCAGCUCUAGUGCUUAUUGGCAAGCACUUGUCCAAGAAUCCCGAUGUUUACCAUGCGCUGGGGAUGACUACUUCCACGAGUGCAUCCAAGGGGAGGAACAUUCUGGGAAACAGUGGACGGGGUGCUGACGGGAGUCCUCGUUUACUAAGGCUCCCCCGGGAUGUUGUACCGAUUCAUUACGACCUCUACUUGUACCCCAGUGUUAUUAGCAACGGGUUCAGGGGGCGAGUUAACAUUACCCUUACAAUUAUUAAAACUAGGAGUGAUAUUGUGUUACAUAGUAAGAAUUUAAGUAUUCAUUCGGCCGAUUUAGUGUACUAUAAUCGGUCGAAAGCCAUCGCGGUUCAAAAUAUAAGAGAGGACGACGAAGACGAGGUAAUUUAUGUGGUUCCCCGAAUGAGACUUGUUCCUGGAAUGUACUUUUUGAACAUUGCAUUCAGUGGUAAUACCCUCAACAAAACCAUAGGUUUAUACAACAGUGUCUAUUAUGAUAAGGAAACGAAGCAGAAAAGAUCAAUUGCUACCACCAAGUUUGAACCAACAUAUGCCAGACAGGCAUUUCCCUGUUUUGAUGAGCCAAACAUGAAGGCGACAUAUACAUUUCAUGUACUGAAACCUCGUUCAGAUCCAUCAUACAUUGCCCUAUCUAACAUGCCUGUCGAGAGUGAAGAAGAAGUUGAAGAUGGCAUUUUAGUUAACUUUAAAGAGAGCGUUAAAAUGUCUACAUAUCUGGCUAGUAUUAUUGUGUGCGAUUUUAAUUAUACAGAAACUACUUUUGGCAGUGAAAACAAACCCUUGAGGGUGUAUGCGACUCCUGCCCAAAUAGGAAAAACCGAAUUUGCAAAAUGGGUUGCAAAAGGAGUGAUCGAAUAUUUUACCGAUUACUUUAAUAUUCCUUAUCCUUUACCAAAGCUUGAUAUGAUAGCAAUUCCAGACUUUGUUUCUGGAGCUAUGGAACACUGGGGACUUGUAACGUAUAGGGAAACAGCCCUCUUGUACGAUAAUACUACCAGUUCUACAAUCAACAAGCAACGGGUUGCCACUGUAGUAGCGCAUGAAUUGACCCAUAGCUGGUUUGGAAAUUUGGUUACAACAGAUUGGUGGAAUGACCUUUGGUUAAAUGAAGGAUUCGCGUCAUAUAUCGAAUACAAAGGUGUUAACGCUGUCUUACCAGAAUGGCAAAUGUUGACCCAAUUCCUGAUCAUGGAUUUACAUCCCGUAUUAUCAACUGACGCGAAGUUGAGUUCUCAUCCCAUAAUCCAGACUGUUAAUACUCCAGAUGAAAUUACCGCUAUAUUCGAUAGCAUCAGUUACAAUAAGGGCGCCUCAGUACUUCGUAUGUUGGAAGACACGGUGGGUCAAGAGAAAUUUCGUAAAGGAAUUACCAACUUUUUGAACGCCCACAAGUGGGGUACUGCAGUGUCCCAAGACCUAUGGAAUCAACUCCAAGAAAUUGUGGGUGAUUCUCUAAACAUUACAUCAUUCAUGGACAGUUGGACAGUUCAAAUGGGUUAUCCCAUCGUUACCGUAAAAGUAAAAGACGAUAAUUAUAUUCUUACACAAAAGAGAUUCUUAACAGACCCAGAUGCAGUAUCUGAUACUUCGUCACCUUAUGGGUACAAAUGGUCAAUUCCUAUCACAUACAUUACUAGCGAAGAGUCUGCUCCUAAAAGGGUGUGGUUUAAUCAUACAAAUGAAAACAUUACAAUUCCAAUUCCUUCGGGCGCAACUUGGGUCAAGUUCAAUUACAACCAAGUGGGUUAUUAUCGAAUUAAUUACAACCGUGACCUUUGGGACAGUUUAACAAGAAACUUUAAUUCAUUAACUGUGGCUGAUCAAACUCAUCUACUGGAGGAAUCUUUUAGCAUAGCUGAAGCCAAUUUGUUAGACUAUUCUAUUCCUUUAAAUUUAACAAAACAAUUACAAUCAGAAACCGAAUAUAUACCGUGGACCGUGGCUUCUAAAAAGUUGCGCAUGUUGAAAACUUAUUUGACAGAUUCUCUUCAGUAUUCCAAAUUUUUGGAGUAUGCAGUUGAUAUUGUAACCCCAGCUUACAGAAAACUAACUUGGAAUGAAAGUUCAUCAGAUACCCAUUUGGAAAAGAGAGCGCGAGCAACUAUACUUUCUCUUGCUUGUGCAAUGGGACAUACAGGGUGUUUAGCUGAAGCAAAAAAGCGUUUUCAAGAGUGGCUUGCUAAUUCAACAGAAGUAAAUUUGUCUCAAGACUUAAAAAGUACUAUAUAUAAUUAUGGUAUCGAAUCUGCAACCGCCGAAGAAUGGGAAAAAAUGUUCCAAAUUUUUGCAAACGAACUGGAUGCUGGAGAAAAACUGAGAUUAAUGAGCGGUUUAGCAUCUAUUAAAGAAACGUGGCUAUUAAAAAAACUUUUAGUCUUGGCUGAGGACGAGACUUAUGUGAGAAGUCAAGAUUAUUUUACUUUAUUAAGUUACAUAUCAAGUAAUUCUGUAGGUACAGCGUUGGUGUGGGAUUAUGUAAGAGAAAAUUGGGAGGCGUUAGCUAAUAGGUUUACAUUAAACAACAGGUACCUCGGAACUCUGAUCCCCAGUAUAACUAAUACUUUUUCAACAACAACAAAACUUAAUGAGAUGCGAACGUUUUUCGAGCAGCAUCCAAACGCCGGUGCAGGGGCACGUUAUCGUACUCAAGCUCUAGAAACUGUUCAAAAUAACAUUAAGUGGUUAGAAAGAAACAAGGAAACUGUAGAAAAAUGGUUGGGAAAUUAUCAGAAGACGCAGUCAUAAUAAACUGCGAAAAUUUAAAGGCUGUCUUUAUGAAAUGUACACUUAUUUUAUUUAAAAUAUCUAAUAAAAAACUUUUAUAAAAAAA